AAAGAAAAGGGAAAGGGAAAAAAAGAGGUUUACCUGCAGCUGCUGCGAACUGUCAAUCCGUGCUGUCCCCAUUUUAGGAGCGAAAGCAAAGAUGGAGGCAGCAAUUAAAACCGUGGGCUCAGAGGACAAUGAGGCAGUAAAAAACAUGCGUCAACAGCUUGACAACAACGAGGAUGGGAAGGUCAGCUUCCAGGAGUAUAUGAAUCUGAUUGGCUAUCUGGCGCAGGCUGUCAGCGAACAGCGUUCUUUGGAAAAAGAAACACAACCAGAGAGUUCAACCCAGGAGACGCAGGCUGAGGCGGCAGCCAAUGCACAGGCAGAGCCGGCAGCCAAUGCACAGGCAGAGCCGCUGAAGGCAGAGCCACAGGCGGCAAAGGAGGUGGAGAAAGAAGACGAGCCAGUGAUUGAGGAGGCAGCGGCCGAAGAGCAGAAGCCAGAGGAAGAGAAAAAAACAGAUGUGGAACAGGAAGGGGCGAAAGUUGAAGAGAAUAAAGCUGAAGAGAAGAAUAAAACAGAGGAAGCAUCGUAGGAGCUCGAGGAAGUGGAGAUUGUCGCAUCUCAAAUGCUUCUGUGUUUGUUUUGUUCGUCAUUUUCAUUAUUGUGAUAUUUGAAUACAUAUAUAUGAAACCUGGCCAAUACACUACAAUUUUUUUUUUACUGCAAAGAGCCGUAACCCUCUCAUUACAGUUUUUUUUUUUUUUUUACAAUGCUAGGACACAUUUCUCAAUACUUUUCAAAACUCUUCACACUGUUCUCCUUACCAACUUUCAGCUUGGCACCUCCAAAAUGCACUAAAAACACCAAAACACUUAAUAUCAUUACACCAGUUAAGGUUGUCGCCCAACAAACACCCUUUAGGGCUUUUCACACUUGAAAUAGUUAACCCUGAAUCAUUCUGUAAGCGUUCUUAUUUGCAGUGUCAUUUAAUGAAUGAAUGAACACAGAACGCAACCUGAUUACACAACAGCUCUAGCAUUAGGCAACCUCGUAUUGCAGACUGUACAUUUUCUGAAUGGACUUUUCAGUGGACUAUAAAAGUAAAAAUAAAACAGUCUCUUCUUCACUCCAAUUUACGGGUUUUCCGUCACCAUUUGACAAUUUCCCCCUUAAACGUUGAAACGACAUGUUACGCACGUCGUAUCCAAAGCACAAGAAUACGAGGUACGACACGAUCGCUAACCGUUUCGUUUCACACGGUACACGUUUGCCACAUAGUGCUAGCGGUUUAUAACACCAGGUUAAAAGUAGCGCAAACCCUCAUAUAUUACAAGUGUGAAAUGCACCAUUACCCAGGGUUAAAAACACGAUAUAAAACGACGUUAACCCGAGGUUAAUCGCAGUGUGAAAAGCCCUUUUGUCACUCAUAAAACAACGACCUAGAAACCAACAAGAGAUGUAGCAUUUUUUCUGUUUUCCUAUGUAAAAUUACUUUACAAACAAGAAUGACACCUCUUUACUGUUUAGAAUUCACUGCAGUAGCCUAUUACAUGGUCCAUGUUAACAUUGCAGUAUAAAAUUAUAAGUUUUGUAGACGAAUAAAAUGAAAGACUAACACCUGUUUAGGUGUUUAGCUAGGCUACCUAAUUGUUUUGAUAGUAUCUAAUAUAUUUGGAAUAUAUUUAAAUAUAAUAUUACUGUAGAAGUGUAGCAAAUUGCUGUCUUUCUGUUUUGUAUUAUGUCAAGUUUUGAACUCAAGUUCAAAAGUUUUGAAAAAAAAGUAUGUAAAUGUGCAAAUUGACCUUUAGGUACAUUUAAUUUUGGUGGUGGUUGUGUUUGCGUGAGAAAGUAGUUAAUGUAAUAUGAGAGAUGUUUAGUCAUUAAAUGCAUUUUGUGCCAAAGCAAUGGAAAAUGAUUGCAGUUUAGUCCACAUAGACUGCUGUCAUUUACAAUGUGAAGAAAAAGUGAACUAUUGAGAAAUGGGUCCUAGCAAUUGUAAAAAACUGUAAUACUAAUUUCUGUUUGUAUGCACAUCAGUUCAUGCCUGUGAUUUAUUAUGUACUAAUAGUGUAUAGAAAUUGGCAAUAGCCGCAAAUGUGACAAAUGGCCAAAGAGGUGCAAUAACUAAUCACUAUGUCCUUUUGUUUGAGCCAGAUUUGUUGUAAGGGUACUGCAACCACUGUGUCCCCUCCAAUAUCUCUACAAAUCAUCCAUGAAUGAAGAACAGACACCGUUUUUUAUAGCAUAAAUGUUGAAAAAGACGCAUAAUUUUUAAGUGUCCAUUAUGUUUACUUUUUGUUUGUGCCACCUCCUAAGGACAGGGUUACUUAGUCGACUCUGGUGCUAGUCGUAAAUGUACUAUGUAUUUUCCAGUAUUGCAGAAGCAUAAAAAGAGCAAAAUUUUCACCUCUCUUUUGUUUGAUGAAAUGCCAAUCUGCAGGAAAUUAACAUACUGCAUCACCAUUUAAAUGUGGGACUUGCAUUUGUGGCGCACAUGGGAACACUAUGCAGUCCACAUACUUUGUUGUUCACAUUUCUGGGCCUUGUUUGCAUGAGAAUAAACAAAUUUGCUUUUGAAUAAUGCAGUUUUAUGGCAUGCUUUCUGGCUUGUUUACUUGGAUCUAACUCUCUCUGACACCCUGCAUUAGCUGGUCUUUCUUUUAGACUUUCACAUGCUGUCCAUCUUAGUGCUUUGUCUCAAGAGCUGGAAUAUCAGAUGCUUAGUGUGCUUAUGAUAGCUGACGCUCAAUAAUUAAAUGCCUUUGGGAUGGAAUCCACACCAGGGGACCCUUGUGGCCCCGCAGGAGCCCCAAGUCAUCCCAAAGUAUCAGUUCACUAUAAGGCAGUUAGGCCCCAAAGACCUUUACAUUCACAUAGGCAUUCAUUCCCUUAAACUUAACUAUAUUUGCCUGCAUAUAUUUAGGUGUAUUUUGUUUGUUCUUUUUGUAAUGUUUUGAUCUCUUAAGUGUGUGUGGAGUGUUUUAAUAGCUUUGUUAAAUUUUAAGUCUCUUAAAGACCAUAUUUACAGC